AGAGAAAAGCGCUUCAGUAGCGAGAGGGGCCGAGAAAGUGGUGAUACCGCCGGGGUGCGGAGGGAGUCUCUGAAACUUCUCCCAACAGCCCCAGGGCCAAUCUCCCCUCAGCCCACUCCCCUUUUCGCUAGCUCCCUGGUCCCCACUCCCUGCACCGGGGGUGGGGUGGGGAGCCAGGCCCGUCUCCCGCGGGGACACAUAUAGGGGCUGGGAGCGGGGACGGGACCCCCAGGCAGGGGGGACGGACCGACAGACAGACGGCCGGGCGUCCGCCCCAGCGGGCAGGCAGGCAGGAGGAGGCGGAGAGGGGGUUACGACGGGGAGGACUGGGUCUGGGGAGUUUCCUCUCAACUAUCGGGGGAGAAACUCCCCGCAGCAGAGGAAAGACCCAGACGGUGUUUUCCUCCCGGGGACCACGCUUCCCCGCCCCGCGUAGCGGCGGUCGCCGCCACCCCACCGGUGCCUCCACUUCCACCAUCUCCUUUUUCUCCACCACCUCGGGCCCCGGUGUCCCCGGCCAGCACUAUGCCCAUCUUACUGUUCCUGAUAGACACGUCUGCCUCUAUGAACCAGCGCAGCCAUCUGGGCACCACCUACCUGGACACGGCCAAAGGCGCGGUAGAGACCUUCAUGAAGCUCCGUGCCCGGGACCCUGCCAGCAGAGGGGACAGGUAUAUGCUGGUCACUUUCGAAGAGCCGCCCUAUGCUAUCAAGGCCGGAUGGAAGGAAAACCAUGCAACGUUUAUGAAUGAACUGAAAAACCUUCAGGCAGAAGGACUUACGACUCUUGGCCAAUCUCUAAGGACAGCUUUUGAUUUAUUAAAUUUAAAUAGAUUAGUAACUGGCAUAGACAACUAUGGGCAGGGAAGAAAUCCUUUUUUCUUGGAGCCAGCAAUAAUUAUUACAAUUACUGAUGGGAGCAAGUUGACUACUACCAGUGGAGUCCAGGAUGAGCUCCAUUUACCUCUCAAUUCUCCUUUGCCUGGAAGUGAACUGACCAAGGAACCUUUUCGUUGGGAUCAGAGACUCUUUGCAUUAGUGUUGCGGUUGCCUGGCACUAUGUCAGUAGAAUCAGAACAGUUGACAGGUGUGCCUUUAGAUGACUCUGCAAUCACACCAAUGUGUGAAGUAACAGGCGGCCGCUCAUACUCUGUAUGUUCCCCGAGAAUGCUUAAUCAGUGUCUGGAGUCCUUGGUGCAGAAAGUACAAAGUGGGGUGGUAAUAAACUUUGAAAAAGCAGGACCAGAUCCUUCUCCUGUAGAAGAUGGGCAGCCAGAUGUAUCAAGGCCUUUUGGAUCACAGCCUUGGCAUAGCUGUCACAAACUCAUAUAUGUCAGACCAAAUCCGAAAACUGGGGUUCCUAUAGGUCAUUGGCCUGUUCCAGAAUCUUUUUGGCCAGAUCAGAAUUCUCCAACACUGCCACCUCGUACAUCUCAUCCUGUAGUGAAAUUUUCCUGUACAGAUUGUGAACCAAUGGUUAUUGACAAACUGCCUUUUGACAAAUAUGAAUUGGAACCUUCACCACUGACUCAAUUUAUCCUGGAAAGGAAGUCUCCUCAAACAUGUUGGCAGGUGUAUGUGAGCAAUAGUGCAAAAUAUAGUGAACUUGGCCAUCCUUUCGGUUACUUGAAAGCCAGUACAGCACUGAACUGUGUCAACCUAUUUGUGAUGCCUUACAAUUAUCCAGUCCUCCUUCCCCUCUUAGAUGACUUGUUUAAAGUGCAUAAAGCAAAACCAACAUUGAAAUGGAGACAGUCGUUUGAAAGUUAUUUGAAGACAAUGCCUCCCUACUAUCUCGGGCCCUUGAAGAAAGCUGUUAGAAUGAUGGGAGCACCUAAUUUAAUAGCAGAUAGUAUGGAGUAUGGACUCAGUUACAGUGUCAUUUCAUACCUCAAAAAAUUAAGUCAACAGGCCAAAAUAGAAUCUGAUCGAGUCAUAGGAUCUGUAGGCAAAAAAGUAGUACAGGAAACUGGCAUUAAAGUUAGAAGCCGAACACAUGGCUUAUCAAUGGCAUAUAGGAAAGAUUUUCAACAACUACUCCAGGGAAUUUCAGAGGAUAUUCCUCACAGACUUCUAGAUCUUAAUAUGAAGGAAUAUACUGGGUUCCAAGUUGCUUUGCUAAAUAAGGAUUUGAAGCCUCAGACAUUUAGAAAUGCUUAUGACAUACCAAGACGGAAUCUUUUGGAUCACUUAACAAGAAUGAGAUCGAAUCUUUUGAAGAGCACCCGCAAAUUUCUUAAAGGACAGGAUGAAGAUCAAGUGCACAGUGUUCCUAUAGCACAAAUGGGGAAUUACCAGGAAUAUCUCAAGCAGGUACCUUCUCCACUAAGAGAACUUGAUCCUGAUCAGCCUCGAAGGCUACAUACAUUUGGUAACCCCUUUAAGCUGGAUAAAAAGGGAAUGAUGAUAGAUGAAGCAGAUGAAUUUGUGGCUGGACCUCAAAAUAAACAUAAACGACCUGGAGAACCAAAUAUGCAAGGGAUCCCCAAAAGACGUCGGUGUAUGUCUCCACUACUACGAGGCAGACAGCAGAACCCUGUUGUGAACAAUCAUAUUGGAGGAAAAGGACCACCUGCACCUAUAACUCAAACACAGCCAGAUCUUAUUAAACCCCUUUCGCUUCAUAAAAUUUCAGAAACCACUAAUGAUUCAACAAUAGAUGAUAUGGUUGAAAAUCAUGUUGCAGACCAACUUUCAUCAGACAUUACACCAAAUGCUAUGGAUACUGAAUUUUCAGCAUCUUCUCCAGCCAGUUUACUGGACCGACCAACCAAUCAUACAGAAGCUCUUAGUCAUGACCAUUUAGGAACUAAUGACCUCACUGUUGGUGGGUUUUUAGAAAAUCAUGAGGAGUCAAGAGAUAAAGAACAAUGUGUUGAAGAGAGUAUACCAGCAUCUUCACUCAGCAAGGGAAAGAAAGUAAUACAUUGCAGAAGCCAUGAAGAGGUCAAUACUGAAUUAAAAGCACAAAUAAUGAAAGAGAUCCGAAAGCCGGGACGAAAAUAUGAAAGAAUCUUCAUUUUACUGAAGCAUGUGCAAGGCAGUUUACAAACAAGACUAAUAUUUUUACAAAAUGUCAUUAAAGAAGCAUCAAGGUUUAAAAAACGAAUGCUAAUAGAACAACUGGAGAACUUCUUGGAUGAAAUUCAUCGAAGAGCCAAUCAGAUCAACCAUAUUAAUAGCAAUUAAACAAAAAUAGAAUGUGGCCACUUGUUUCACUGUCUUCUCCAAAUACAAAGUAAAUACAAGACUGUUGUGAUCUUGCAUUCAUUUUUUUUUGACAUGCAUUGUUGGCUAUUUGAAAUUCUAAAAGCAAGUCUACAGAUCCUUUUCCAUCAUUUUACAGUGACUUUUCAUUUUGGUUUAUUUUUGUAAUGUGAAGAAGUAUCACUCUAAAAAACAUUUUUAUUUAACAAACUAGAAAUAUUCCUCCAGAUCUCUUUCUUGUCAUUGACUCUGCGUGUCAAUUUCCCUCAGGUUCUAUUUUCUUGACCAACCUUUAAAUUGUCACCUCUGUUAAGGUUGAACUUUGCCAAAAAAUAAUUAAUUAAAAAGAAGUUACUUUGUAAUUUUUGGGGAAAAAAGCACAUACAUUAAAACUAGGUAAUGUUUUGUAUAUACAGUUAUUUUGGAUAUAUUAUUGUAAGUUGUACAAAUGUAUUUUGAAGAAUAUUUAAGAAAAGCACUUUUGUUAUUCCAUCAAUAAAUGCUCUAUUUUA